ACCUCUGGGAGUGGAGUCGUCGCUCACAUCUGCAAUUAUCACGCCCGUCUAUCUCUUGAUGAAGGACUGGUGAUAGUUAUGCUGAUUAUUUUUUAUCUCCGGAGUGAUUCAGCUGUAUUUAUCAUAAGUGAAUCAUUAUGUAAAUCAAAUUUACCUUCUAAAAGGAGCAUACUUCUUUUGAUUUUAUCAGACCACUGUGCACUCAGAUCUCAGUGUCUGCUAGCUGGAAUUUUUGACACAUAAAACGGAACAUGAUUGUGAAAGCCACUGGGAGUAAAUUGUGGUCUGCUGAGGGCUGCUAAGAAACUGCACUUGAUCACGAAACCCUUGCCUUUGCAAUUAUGGUCAAAGCACCUACAUCUGAAUCAAUCACCCUGGGGCAAAACAAACCAAACAAUGACCAGGAGAGUGCCGUCCGACAGGCAACAUCCAGCACGCUCAAAACGCCUCUCAAAGAGAUCACUGUGUCUUUCAUCAGGAGGACCAAAAUCCAUGGUUUGAAGUUCAUAUUCUGUCCUAACAAGUCAAAACCACAGCAGCUCAUCUGGACUUUGGCCUUCUUUCUUUGCAUAAGUCUUCUCUGCACCUGGUCCAUGAACCGGAUCUUCUACCUGAUGUCCUACCCUGCUGUCACAAAGAUCUACAUGGUUUGGGCUCACAAUAUGUCCUUCCCAGCUGUCACGUUCUGCAACAAGAAUGUGUUUCGUGCAUCUAGCAUGACUAAGGACGACCUGUAUCACAGCGGUUACUGGAUGGACCUCAUGUAUCCUAACCACACUGUCAUAAAAAGGAGCCUGUCCAUCCUGAAAGAAAGCCAUAAACCAGCUCUCCUGGAUCUGCUGGACUUCCAGAACUACACCCCGCCCCCUGAUUAUCUCAUCAACACCACGGAGAUGAUGAGUCGACUCAGCCACCAGCUGGAGGACAUGCUGCUGGAGUGCAGGUUUCGUGGGGAGACCUGCACCUACAAAAACUUCAGCACUAUUUACACACGCUACGGGAAAUGCUACACCUUCAACUCAGGGUUAGAUGGCAACCCUCUUCUGACCACAUUGAAAGGAGGCACAGGGAAUGGCCUGGAAAUCAUGCUGGAUAUCCAGCAGGAUGAAUACCUGCCUGUUUGGGGAGAGACAGAUGAGACAUCGUAUGAAGCAGGCAUCAAGGUUCAGAUCCACACCCAGGAUGAGCCACCCUUCAUUGACCAGCUGGGAUUCGGUGUAGCCCCUGGUUUUCAAACUUUUGUGUCAUGUCAGCAGCAACUGCUUCAGUACCUCCCACAACCUUGGGGAGAUUGCAAGUCCACACCGAUAGACUCAGAAUUCUUCUCCACGUACAGCAUCACCGCAUGCCGCAUUGACUGUGAAACCCGGUACCUGCUGGAGAACUGCAACUGCAGAAUGGUUCACAUGCCUGGUACUUCAACAGUUUGCACACCUGAGCAAUAUAAAGACUGUGCUGACCCAGCUUUAGACUUUUUGGUAGAGAAAGACAACGAUUACUGUGUCUGUCAGACCCCCUGCAACAUGACUCGCUAUGGCAAGGAGCUGUCCAUGGUAAAGAUUCCCAGUAAAGCAUCUGCUAAAUAUCUGGCUAAGAAAUUCAACAAAACUGAGCAAUAUAUUGGAGAAAAUAUAUUGGUGUUGGACAUCUUCUUUGAAGCUCUAAACUAUGAGAAAAUUGAGCAGAAGAAGGCCUAUGAAAUUGCAGGGCUUCUCGGUGACAUUGGAGGUCAGAUGGGGCUUUUCAUUGGAGCCAGUGUUCUAACAAUACUGGAAAUAUUUGACUACCUAUACGAGGUGUUUAAGGAUAAGGUUCUGGGUUACUUUGUGCGCAAGAAACGGCCGCAGCGAUGUCAGAGCGACAAUCUGGAGUUUCCAGAGAACCCAACCAGCCCUGGUGUCACGCCUAAUCAUGCCCCCAGAGCACAUGUGACACCCUCCGGAGUCACUCCGACAGUCUCGGAUUCACGCCGAACAUGUUACCUCGUCACCCGACUUUAGGCAACUUUGAGGAAUUUGCUUGUUGAUGACGCAACGCAGGGGCUGGGGCACAUUUCGAGACUUGACGGCAAACUGUGAAAUAAUUUGUGCAUUCAACAGAUAAGCAUUAAGUGUAUACUCAAAAGCAGUAUGAUAGAAAUAGAAUAUCAUCAUCAACACACACAAAAAGAGACCACUUCCAAAACAGAACUCAGGUUUAACACCCAUGUGAAGGGCAUCAAUGUUCAUUUUAUCCAUGUUUCAUUUUGUACCUUUAGUUUUGUUGAACUGUCACUUUAAAUCAAACAAUCCGCACAGACAAAUCUGUCUAAAAAUGGGUCUACAAUCUAUGUUUUUGUAACAGUAUUAUGUCAGUUUUGCUGUGUAUUAAUCAAUUAAGAAAACAACAAAUAUAAGGACUGGUAUGUGCAAAAUUGUUCCUUGUUUUCAGUACUAUAUCUCCCACCACUUAAACCCGUGCUGUAUUGAAUAACCAUAUACUUCUAAGAGGUAAUUGUUGGUUGAAAGAGCAUCUAAGGCCUGAAUGAGAAUACAUAACUAAUGUUGCCUUUUGCUACAUUGAGACUAUGAAAUGUCUCUAAUUAGACAACUGUGCUUACUUGACUUUGAAAAAGAGCAGGAGCUUCAAUAUUUGUACAUUUGCUAAAGGAGUAUGUAUUAUUUUACAAUUACUAUGUGACAAAUUGAACUGAAAUUUGAUUUAUUUUCAGUUAUUAUUGGUGAUGAAAAAGGCAUUUGAUUGUAACUUUACCUUAUAUUAAAUAUGUUAUGAUUUUUUAUUUUAUUUAUUGCUUUCUGUCCCAUUUUUGUUUUUAUUUAAUUCUCCCUCCCAUUUAAAUGGAUGCUAUCCAAUUAUCAGUUCAAAUAGCAUGUGUAUGAUAAUUUGUUUAGUCACUUCAUAGGCAGAAUCUUAAACACACAUAUCUGUAAUUUAAUUCAUCAUAGCCAACAAGGACAUUUCAGCAAUACAAAAUGCCAUUUCUUUCAAAGUCUUUGUGUCCAAUACCUAAAAUAUUCUUUGUUUGACUCACGCACCAGAUUUUUCAUUUGCCAAACUUAUUUACUCCUUUUCAGAUUUUUCCUCUGAAACAAAAGUCCUAUCAGAACACAUGACCUAAUAAGUUACGUUCCAGAUUUUAUUUGUGAAUUCUAAAAUUGUUCUGACACUAAGUAACGUGUGGUUCUAAUAUUUACAUAUAUUGCAUUGGUACUUGGAUCAAAUUGUCUUUUCUUUUUUUUCCUUUUUCCUAUGAACAUCUUGGACUGAAAUUUCUAUGUCCUACAAACAGUCUUUGAGUGUCCUCAAAUGUUCAUAUAAUAUUUUGCUGAACUGAUUUGAAAAUUAGGUCAGGCUAACCUGCUGUAGCAACAUUCGGCAUGCAGAUGUGAGCGAAUCUUCAUCACUACAGGCAAAUUGGAAAGUAUAGCACUAGAAAUAAAAUGCUAAUAUUGAAUCAUCCCAAUGACAUUUGUGUAGCAUUUACAUAAAUUUUGUAGCAGUACACAAUAUAUGCCAUGUAUAUUGCUUCUCUGAUUUGUGACAGUCAUGCAAGAAAAAUAUAUAACAUCACUAAAAAAGGCUUUGGCUGCCUGUUUUGGCUAGAGAUCAAGUUACUAUUGCUGCAGUGCCAGACAGGUAAAAAGGUGAUUCUGCAACUUUUGUUUUCUCAAAGUCACAUAUCGUCAUGCACCAGUGAAACAUGAUGCUGAUAUGCAAUAUUGUGAUGAAGGGUUUUAAAUAGCCCUGUACAUUUGAAAUGUUCUUGUUGACUUGAAAGAAUUGGAAAAUGGAUAUUUGUGGUAGAUAUCCAGUUUAGCUACUGAAUAUUAAAUUUGACAAAAAUGUUAAAAUAUAUUAAAUUAUUUUAAAUCUUUUGAAAACAAAUUUUCAUAUAAACUCAUUUGUGAGGACCUAGAUGUAAGAAAAACCAUCUAGAUUGGUUAUUGUAAGACAUUUUGUACAAACAACAACAUAAAAAAAAGAAUUAAAAAUGUCUCUUUCAAAUUCUAUGUUUGAAAGCUUUAAAACUAUUUGGACCAUAGGAGAGGUUUGAUUAUAUGUUACAGUAUCCUGCCAUAAUUUCUAGGGUGAGUUUCCUUUCUUCACUAUAAAGGAGUGAUAAAUGUAAAUUAUCUGUGAUGAUUUACAUUUAUCUGAUCAUAGAUAAAUGUAAAUCACUCCAACAAGUACAAAGUUAAAUAUUCAACUUGUUCUUGAUUUGAAGUUGAAUGAGAAUGCUUUAUUUGCCGAAUCACAUAGGAAGUUAACACAUUAUUGUGAAUUUCUACUUUCAAGUUUUAUCACUAAUGUGUAAUGCCUUGCACAAUGUAUUAAUAUUUACAUUUGAUAGCUUUAAAACUUAAUUGUAUUUUAUUGGGAUUAUAUGUGAUAGACCAGCACAAUGUUCAUAUUUUGAGGUGAAAAGGUAAAAUAUUUUUAGACAUGUGGGUGCUGUCAUAGACACAAUAUCAGAUGAAGAAUUAAAGAUGAAGAAAAUCGUAUAAAGAAUAUCAGGUGAAAAAAUUGAAAGAGCUUAAAAGAGGAUAAUCCUAAAGAUAAAGAUGUAUAUUUACCCAAACACUAUUAAGUCUGAUUUUCAGCUGUUUGACAAAAAAGGAUAGGAAGACAUUUUUAAUGAGGGACAUGGUGGUGAGACAGACCCCGAAAGUCCUGCAGCUGUAGUUGCAGUAUUGACUCAGGGUGACUAAAUACAAAUGCAAGUCACAUUUUUCAGAUUAAAUCAUUUCUGCAUCUUUUACUUUCACCUAAAACUUAUGGACUAAUGUUGUCUAUCAUUUAAAAUUAAAAAGAAUUUACCCUCACGUUUAAGACUCUCGUGUAAAAAUAUGUGAAAAAGUGGGAUAAAGCACUGUAAUAUUUUGGCUGUUGCCGUCUGAAAAACUACCAAAACUAGCACUGUACAGGGAAAAAAAAAUGAAAUGGCAACAGGGACAACAAAAGUAACAUCUUUCACUGUGAAUGAAGUAGAAUGAUGUGAGAUGAUACCACAAAUGAAUGUAAACCACAUAUUUACAAAUAUGGAGUCUCAGUGGGUUAUGAAGAAACAUGUAAUUCUGGGAGGUAGAGCUGGGUCUCUCCAAGCCGUAUCAACUGAAGUGAAAAAAUUACUUUGGUGAAGAGAUGAAAUUUACAUGGACCACUUUCAUCUCUGGGGGAAAAAAAUGGGUAGUUUUCAUAAAUGCAACAUUGAUUUGACUUGAACAGAAACCGUUUGGCUCGCUGCUGCCCGUCUUAUUUAACCUGUUCUUCCAUCAUAGUGUCUUAAAGGUAUUCAGCAGCACAAUCCCAUGUGAUAGUAAUGUAUACACUACUAAGAAGAGUUUAAAAAGACUGGUGACAUUCCUAAACUUGAUAGAAACUUGUAAAUACCUGCAGUCAAAUGCUGCAAAAAAAGAUACAGAUACUUAUCUAAAGCAUUGCAUAUGAAUAUUUAUAAACUGAUAAAUAUACAUAGAUCUUAUUCUUUGUUUAUCCAUUAAUAGAAUUUGGAUUCUACAUCUUUUUGGGAAUUACACGCUGACUUAUAAAAUAAUUUGCCACAAAGCAUCAUAACCAUGCUUCACAGCACUACUCAGUUUGGUUGAUUUAUAAAGAGCUACAUUGUACAAAUUGACCACUGUAUACAAACAUUAUUAUCCCAGAAAAUGUAAUAAGUCACAAACAGUUUGUGAUGUAUAAAUGAUCUAGUAUAAUAAACUAUAUUUACCCAUCCAUGCUUAAGUACAUAACUUUUCUUAUCUUGGUGUCAUGCUUCUUCCUCUGUUUCACUGUUAUGUAAGUCCCUGUCUCUCAAAUAUCAGACCUGUAGGUACUGAGCAAAAAGUCUCACACCCACCUUUCUCUUUCUUUCACGUGAAAGGUUAUAGAUGUAACAGUUUAAUUUUAUGGUGUUCAAAAAGCUGUAGCUUUAUUACUUUGUAGUUUGUGUAUUAGAUGACUGUUGAUGUGAAGCACAAAUCCUUGGAAAUUAGCCAUCGCUUGAAAGCCAACGAUGGGAUGUCUGUGAUCCUGACAGCCUUGUGUGGCUCUAAUUUAAAAUGACACACACUGUUAAAUAUGAUGUGCCCUUGGCUCUGAUAACAGGAACAGGACUGGAGCUACUUUAAGGCAGAGGUUUCAAGAAGUUUUACAUUUUCAGGACAAAAAAAAAAAGAUAAAAGAUAAAUUGAGUUGCAGGAAAAGCAAUAAAGGUAGAUGUGAUCAUGAGAAUGGUGUAAAAAGAAGGAGAGGAACUUAAGCUACAUAAAUAUAGGUAAAUGUCAUUAAAUUAGAAUACUUGUGGUGAAUAUUUUUCAGUAAUUCCAUCCAGAAAGGAAACAUAUUUCUAGCAGUUUUAUAUAUAUAUAUAUAUAUAUAUACUUAUUACAUAAGUCCAAUAAAAACAUUUUUAUGAAAAGGCUAUAUAAUUAUCUGCACAAUCAAAAAAUAUAAUUGCUGAAAAAGCUAAUUAUUCACAGAGUCCUGUACCUGAGCAUUAUAUUGGAAAGUUCAAUGAAAGGAAAAUCUUUGUGAGAAAAAGGUGCACAAGCAACAGGGUUAAUAGGCUCGAGAUUAUAAAACAAAUUGUUAGGACAUUGCUGAACCAGAGAUAAUGUCUAAAGCCUCGUACCCAGGCUUAAAAAAAGGACCUUAAUGUUUCUCAAUGGUCCAAAGUCUUUUUAGUUGGAAGUAUAUUUUGCAUUACAUUUACCAAUCAAGGUCCCAGAGUCUGGAGGAUAUGGCACAGAAUCCAAGUUGGAUUCAUUAUCAAUGCGGAUUGCCCUAAGCCCCACUGAGAAUAAAGAUUACAGUAAAGAAGAGAAAGACAAUCACCAAACUUAACCCAGCAGACAAACUGAAGGUCAAUAUGAAAACAGUCUGCAUUCAUUAACAUGUCAGUAGAGCGAAGCCGCAUUGAAGCAGUAAUACAUGCAAAAGAAGACCUGACAGAGUAUAAAGUACAGUACAUGGACAUGCUUUUCUGUAUUAAACAUUUUUUAUUGGUCUUAUGUCCUAAUAAAAAAAAAAUGUUUUGUAUUUUUAUUAGCUGAAAGUCAUAAUCUUUAACGUCACCAAUGGUGAAUGUUUUAAUAUAUUACAGUGGUUAUUAACUUUAUAUAAUAUAUGAUAUAGAAUUGCUGAAAUUAAUUUAUCAAUUACAUUCUAAAUUAAUGACAUUAAACUGUAUUGAGCAGCAGGAGUGGAUGUAAACAAAAAUCUGCCAAUUGUAACACAAAGAUAUGAAGGUGGCCAUUGUAUAAAAACCAUUACCAUCCAAACAUUUAACACAGAGGUGCCAAUUCUUGUAACACUAUGAUGCUGCUCUGAUGAUGCUGCAGUGCUCUGAUGGAUUUGGGUGGAAGUCAAGUUACUGGAAAAAAAACAAAACAAAACAAAAAAGAAAAACUGACUCAACUUUUCUGCAUACUCUGGAGAUCCUAGAUGAGGUCUUUGUUGGAAUGUCCCAGGUCUUUACCUCUAACCCCAACCCCUGCCUUAUUACAUGUAAAAGAAGAGCAGAGUGUACCUGAGCUGGCAGGAAAUCAUCAAUGAACUUCAUGAAGUUGAUAUUUACUGCAUAGCUUUAGUCAAAAUACAAGUAUUCUAAACAACUAUUUUAUGCUAAUAUUUUACAGCAAAUCACACAUUUUCUCCUUGCAUGAUCAUUAUGUAUUCCUAAUAUAUCAGAUCUACCAAUGUAAUGAUAGCUAUGCUGUUCACUUUGUAUUGUCCAAGGUGUAUUUCUGGAGUCAGAUGAAUCAAAAAGGGUUUUCUCCACAUCUUUAUGAAAUGUAUUUGACAAUAAUACACACAAACCUCUUAGCUAUUUUAGCAAAGGUUGUUUAAAUAUAUUGCAGCUUAAACUGAAGCUAAGGAGUGCCUUUAAGACGGAUUCUUACAGGUAAUAUUAUUUUACCCUGCCUGAUACACGCAUCCACAAAUAUCUGGAGACCUGGAGUUGUUUCAUCUGGCUCUACAUGCACUAUGUGUAUUUUACUGUAGAUAUGUGAUUUUAACUCUGUACAUUAAAUAGUUAUUACACACUU